AUGGUGCAGACGGUGAUCGUGGGGUACACGGUGGUGCGGAAGCCGGAGACGGUGACGAUCGGGCGAAUGAAGCCCGAGAGCCACGAGGUGACGGAGGAACAACUGACGGUGCCGGAACCACGCAUGACGGUGACCACGGAGCCACAGUGGAGAUGGUACAAGGGCGAGGACGGCCACGACGACCCGCCCCAAUGCCCGAGCUGCUGCAGGUGCCAACAGCAGGAUUCAUCGUCGAACGAACCCGACGGCGAGUUCGUAAUCGCGCUGGGCGUUACGUGCAGGAACACGAAGUGGAGGGAGUUCGAGGCGCUCGACGACACCCACAAGAUCGAGGACGAUCUUGAUGCCGGGGAUGGCGUGUAG